CGGAAAAACGCGGUCUCUAAAUAUCCUAAAUCCACGCUUUGACACUUCAAAAGGAGAGGCAAAUCCUCUCUCUCUCUCUCUCUCUCUCUCUCUCUCUUCCGAUGAUCGAGUCCAUCGUCAACUGAGCAAACGAUGGGGCAGCGGAAGAAGCUCAGGGACAUCGUGGGCGCCAUGAAGGACCGAGGCUCCCUCGUCAAGGCCUCCCUCUCCAGGAAGCCCGCCGCGUCCGCCACGCGCGCCACCGUGCUCCGCGCCACCACCCACAAGUCCGCCGCCGCCCCGUCGGAGCGCCGCGUCGCCGCCGUCCUCUCCCUCGGCCUGGGGUCCGGCAUCACCGCGUCCGCGUGCAUCCGGUGCCUGGCGGGCCGCCUCGGCCGCACCCGCAACGCCUUCGUCGCGCUCAAGUGCCUCUUCGCGCUCCACAGCAUAAUGAUCCACAGGAGCUCGCGCGACGAGAACCUCUGCCUCUAUUCCCUUUGCUUCGAGGGGAAGGGUUUCCUCAACUUGCCCAAGUUCAACGACGACUUCGACGAGGAGGCGAUGGAGUACUCGUCGUGGGUGAGAUGGUACGCGGCGUUGCUCGAGCAGAGCCUCAUCGCUUCUCGCGCUCUGGGCUACGUUCUCUCUUCCUCUUCUUCUUCUUCGUCUUCAUCUUCGUGUUCUCAACUGACAAGAGAAUACAAGCGAGAGAAGAUGCGAGCAGCGGCGAGCUCGGACUUGAUGCGCGAGCUCGAAGUCCUCGUGACCUCUCUCGAGCAAGUUUGCGAUGCCCCGGGGUCGCUACACCUUCAGAGGAACGACCUGGUAUACGGGGUCGUGCGAUCGGUGUGCCAAGAUUAUCGGAUGAUCCGGUGCGAAGUGUUCUCGAGAGUGGAGGAGUUGGGCGGCGACGAGAGACUGGGGAGCUCGAGUCCCCGCCACUUGACCCGGUUGCUGAGCGCUCUGGAGCGAGUCGAGGAUUGCAGAGAGAAGCUGGCUUUGCUGUUCGUGAACAAGGCGAACGCAGACGGGCUGUGGGACUUGAUCGCGCGGACGAAGACGAAGAUGCGCGGCCUCAUGCGAGACGGCGGCCGGAGCUCGACGGCCGUCCUCGGCGGCGGCGGCGCUUGGCUCCCGUGGCGGGACAGGUUUUCUGCCAAUGCUUUCACGGCGGUCUGGUGAUGCGUUUGCGAUCGGGUCAAAUUUGUACAACUGGCGACGAGAAUGGUUUGUCUCUCGAGUGUGAAUGAUGUUCGUGACAAUUGUUCGUCCCUCUCUUCUUUCUUCUCCGUCCUUUCCUCGGGCUUGCACUGUGGAAGGAAAAAGUCGCGCAGAUUAUGGUUCACUAUCAAAUGCCCUGUCAUUUGACAAA